UCUAAGAAAACAGCUGAUUUACGUCAAACAUUUGAUUUAUAUCGUAUGACCCUGUGUUAGUUUUUUUGGUUUUCCAGUAGUGAGAGUUGUUUUGUAUUAUUUCAUGGUAUUAGUUUUUUUUUUAAAUUAGUCUGCGAGUGUAAGUAUUUGUUUAACCCACGGCGAGCUUUGUUUAAUGAGCAUCAGCUGAUUUUAACAAUUCGUUAGAUAGAAUUUUUGGAGAAAAGGAAACCAUUUCAUUCAAUGUUUAUGGAAAGUAUUAACGCACUUAGGAUCUCAAAUUGUUUCUUAUCUUAUUAGACGCUAUGAAAAGCCACAUUAACCGGUUAAUUAUCCUUUACAACCUAAUUAAAUUUUCUUCGUGAUGAUUAUGAGUAUUUCGGCUGUGUAUACUUCAAGUUUUAGUAUUAAAACAAGAAAAAUUUGGAAAAAAUAUAUUAUUUGCUUAUUUAGAAUAUUAUACAGUAAUUAAAUAUUUUUUUAUAUUUGUAUUAGUACAAAAAACCACUCGAUUAUAUAGGUUAUAAAAAGAGUUAUAGGCAAAAAUGAUAUUGAAAGUACCAAAAUUGUGUUUCGCAAGGAAAAAUUCAUUUAAGAACAAUAUUUGAAGGCAAAUUAAUUAUUUGAAAAUAAGUUUUUCAAUAUGGGGAUGUAACACAAAAUCAAAUGGCAUAACAAAUAACAAAAGAUGAUAGUAAAUGAAUUUACAGGCGUUCUGUUCUGAUUCUUAGUACCUAUACUUAAUAAUAUCCCGUUUUCGAAUAUAUUAGAAGUUUUUUCCCGAGGUUCUCACGCUUUUUCUACCAUUUUCAUCGUCUCUAACGAGGCAAUGAUCGACCAGAAACUUUUUUUCCUUAGCUAUACAUUUAGUUCAUUCAGUUUGUUAUUGAUGUGACAUCUAAUGAUGCCAGACGAAGGUUCUGAUCCAAAAUAUAGCUUUUUUUAUCCAGGUUAUCUAUUCCUCAUUGUUUAGUAUAACCUGAUGACCUUGUAGCCACUUAAAGGUUACUGAGAAGUAUGUAAAUGCUUUUUCUAUGUGUGUGUCUGAAAAAAUUUUGAUAACUGACCAUAUAUUAGAAGAAAAAGAAGAAGAAAAACGUCAAUAUAUUUAUUCGUUCGACCUAAAAUGUCCGCAAUUGAAAUAUUUAUAAUUAUUAAUAAAACAUACAAAAUUUCACAACAAAAAUUACGCGACAGUUAAUCAUAUCUUCAAGUUAUCAUAGUUCAAAUAUAUUAAUCAUUGCUACAAUUUUGUAGUCCUAUAAAUAAUAAAAUUUGAUAAACAUAUUAGAAUUUAUACAGCUUCGUUUUUAUUUCAAACAAUAAACUUUUAUAAAACAUAUUGGCAAUAAAACGUCUUCAAUAAUUUUAAAUACACUCUAAUUUCUCUUUUUUUUUGCUUAAUGGCUCUAUCUAUAUCAAAAUGUCUUUUGAAUGACAAAAAGUCAUUUGAUCCCAAUCGUAUAACCUCCGAGGCAGCCAUGACCUUCUCAUUCAACUCAAAUAUCUUCCCAGCAAAUUAUUUUUUCAAUUUGAAACAAAAAAAAAAGCACACAGUGCCAAAUCUGGAGAAUACGAUGGAUAUAACGGCUGUUUUUAUCAAUUAUUCCAUCUUUUUCGAGCUGGAACUUCAAGAAACGCUACACCAAGGAUGGGUUCUGAUGUGUAUUGUCUAUGCUGUCCUCAUGGGUGUUGUUUUUGUUGUUUGUCGAUCAGAGUCCGCUGUUUUGACUGUUUCUCGGUGUCUGACGUGUUCUACUGGAACCAUGGGUGAUCAAACUCCAUACCCACGACUAUAUGAAACUACGAAUGAAAUUUAUUAACUUCCCUGGCUGUUAUUUUCGUAAACAACCACUGGAUUUAAAUGCGGUAGCUCUGUUUUAUGAAUGAAUGAAUGAGAAAGUUCAUUAACAUUUAAAACAAAAAAAAAUAUACGAUGUAGUCAUCAGGUAAUGAUACACACAGUAUCCGAAUGACUAAAAACAAAUAAUAUAUAAAUAUAUUCCGAGUAUUAUCUACUAUAAAAUAAUAUUCUAGUGAAAUAUAUGACACAGGUAAAAUUAACCUUUAUCUGAGAUAAAAUUAUCGCAUAUUUAUCCUUAUUUUAUUAAAUGUGUCGUUAAAAGAUAAGAUAUUUUAUCUUGUUUGAGAACAGUACUGACAAACAGGUUAUUCGCCAGCGAUCGAAUCCGAACUAAGCUAUUAAUGUGAAUAAAAUCGCCCGAACAAUGGGGCGAAGCGCGAAUAAAUUAAUUUACUGCACAUAUUUUAUAUUAAUUUUGUUAGUUAGUGUUGUUAACGCCGAGGAUGUCACCGUUAGUGACGUUGGAAAUACCGUUUUUAAGAAAAUAGACGACGUAGAGAUAUUAGCCCCGCUCGUAGGUUCGGGUAGGGCGUCCGACGAUGAAAAACCAGCCGCCGAAGAAGAAGAAACAGAUGACGGUACCGUCGAAAAUCCAACUUAUGAUGUAGAUAAAAACCCUUCUGUGGUAGGUUUAGACAAUAGACAAACUAACUCUUCUGGGUGGACCCAUCAGACAGUUAACAAACUAGGAAAAUAUACCAGCUAUUAUGGCGCUGAUUAUGAUCCCAUGACAUCCGAUAUCGCGCCUCCGGAUACUGACCAACGAGGUGGAACUCCUUAUACCAUAACCGCAGCCAGAUUGGCCGAAAUUCGUAAACAUUUCAUGUAUCCAUUCUACGAUAAAGGCGGUAACUCUGAUAAUACCGGUGAUUACCAAAAGGAUAUUCAAACAUCGAAUAUUCAACUCCAAAAGAUUCUGAAUUUCCAAGUUCCUUUCUUCGGAUUCAGAUUUAACUACACUAGGAUAUCAGUUAAUGGAUAUUUGGAGUUCAGCGAUCCACCUCCAAAUUAUGAUUAUCCUUUAGUAUUUCCUGUUAAAGACUGGCCGAAAAGAAAUGAUCCAUCUUUCAUUGGUAUUUUUUUCAGUAAAAGCACAAUCGGUAACAUCCGUGAUACAGACAUUGAUCAAAGACUUCCGGGAGUCUAUUUUAGAAUGGAGAAAGAUCUUAGAGGUAGACACGAUAGAUUAGGUGUUGAAAUAAGGGAGAGACUCAAAUGGGAUAUUAGAGAAGGUGUCAUCGGGGCGACUACUUUCGAUCCAAAACACGCCAUAAUUGCCACGUGGAAAAAUAUAACCUUCGCGGGAGGUUUCGCUAAUGCUAAAUAUAAGACGAAUACGUAUCAAAUGGUAAUAGCAACCGAUGAAGUCUUCACCUACGCCAUUUUUAAUUAUCUCAAUUUAGAUUGGACAAGUUCCACCGAAGCUGGAGGUGAUUCGCGAAACGGCGAAGGCGGUACCAACGCAUUCGUAGGAUUCAACGCGGGAAACGGUACUAGAAGUUACGAAUACAAACCUUACAGUCAAGAAUCCGUCAUCAGAGAUUUGACUGCUGUAGGUUUUGGUAAUGGUUUUAAUGGUAGACAUAUUUUUCGUAUAGACGAAGAUAUUUUACUUGGUUCUUGCAACAAAGACAUUGAUGGAGCUAACUUACCAUUAAAAUUCGCUCCAGAAAGUGGUAAUAUGUUAGGGGGAACAGUUGUCAACAUCACGGGUCCUUGUUUUAAUCGAGACGAUAGAAUAAGAUGCAAAUUCGAUCUUUCUAAUGAAGUAUUUGGUUACGUCGUUGAUAAAAACAGAGCCAUCUGUGUUCAACCUAUGUUACUCACCGAAGGUUGGGUUAAUUUACAGAUAGCUGUAAAUUCCGAACCGUUCAAAUGGAAAGGAAAAUACUAUGUUGAAUCCCCUGCUAGCGCAACUCAAAAAAUUUUCUUCAAGGAUAUGAAGUAUCACGAAAAAUCGCCUAGCGAAAUAAGAAUUACGUGGGAAAAACAAAAUUUGACGACGUCCGAAAACGCGAACGUUAGAAUUUCUCUAUGGGGCUAUAGAGAAACGACCAUGAGACCAACUUUUCUUUAUAUCACAGACAUCACAGAUAGCAUUCAAAAUACUGGUGAAUUCACUAUAGUUCCUUCGCAAUACAGGAAUAAGAUCAAUCCUUAUUUGAACGAUAUCAAAUUUGGAUUUUUACAAAUAAAUUUGACAGACUCGAUAUCAGUUAAUACUUACACUACUGAACAAGCAUCGGUAGAAAUAGUGCCUGUAAUAUGGAGUAGACCGAUACCUCUAGGCUGGUACUUCCAGUUCCAAUGGGAAACCUUGUAUGGUAAAAACUGGCCGAAAUAUCUCUGCGACGAUUGGAUAAGAACCGAUAGAUACCUAAAAAAUUUCGCUCACGAACUAGCUCAAUGUCCCUGCACGGUGGAACAAGCAUUAGCAGAUAAAGGGAGAUUUUUACCGGAUUACGAUUGCGAUAAAGAUUCAAAUCCGAUUUGUUAUUAUAAUAAUCAAGCCCUUCAUUGCGUCAGAACCGGAUCACCGACUCUAGAAGGUUCCGAACAACAAUGCUGUUACGACAAAAACGGCUACUUGAUGUUAUCCUACGAUCAACAAUGGGGUUCCAGCCCGAGACGAUGCCACAACCUCGGUAACCUCCCUUACAAUGAAGCUACGAAAGUACCAACUCUAUCACAGUGGUUCAACGAUAUAGUGCCGAAGUACCUGUGCUGCAUUUGGCAAGAAGAACAAGCAGUAGGUUGUGAAACUUUGAGAUUCGAAAGAAGACCUUCUCAAGAUUGCGUAGCUUACCAAGCGCCGGGAAUUGCUGGUGUUUACGGUGACCCGCACAUCGUUACUUUUGAUGAUGUUGAAUAUACUUUUAACGGUAAAGGAGAAUUCGCUCUCGUUAAAUCGGUUAAGAAAUCUGAUAACUUCGAGGUCCAAGGAAGGUUCGAACAAAUGGAUCCUAAUCGUUUAGGAGAAGUCAAAGCCACUCAACUAACGUCCAUUGUAGCUAAAGGUAAUAAUACCAUAUCUGUUGAAGUUAGAAGGAGACCGCUGGAUGCUAGGUGGAGGUAUAGACUAGACGUUAUAGCUGAUAAUAGGAGAUUAUAUUUUGAUAGACCAUCUUUGAAAUUUCAACAUUUUCAAGGAGUCACAAUAUACACUCCAACUUAUAUUUUGAAUCAAUCUGAAGUUUUGAUCAUGUUUGAUAAUGGUGCCGGUGUUGAAGUUGUGGAUAACCAAGGAUACAUGAGUGCUAGAGUAUUUUUGCCAUGGACGUUCAUUAAUAAAACAAUCGGUUUAUUCGGAAAUUGGAGUUUCGAUAAAGAAGACGAUUUCACACUCCCAGAUGGUUCGAAAGCAGCUAUAGUUAGUAACAUCAAUGACAUGGAAAGGGUGUACAACGAUUUUGGAAUUAAAUGGAUGUUGGACGAUGUACUAGACCCAGUAAAAGGCAGAUCAUUAUUCCAUAGAGAAUUUGGAAAAACUGCUUCUGAUUACAACGACAAAUACUUCAAACCGCAAUUUUUGAUGUUACCCGAAGACAUAUUACCGUCGAAUUAUUCCGUCGAAAGGAAUCGAACGUACGAAUUGUGCCCAACGAAGAUGUACGAAUGUUACUACGAUUACGCCAUGACGUUAAACCGCGACCAAGCCCAUUAUACGCAAAAUUAUAAAUCGACUAUAUACAAAUAUAAAGAAACGGCAAGAACCAAAGUUACAUCAUGUGGCGUUCUAGAAACUCCAAGAUUUGGUAGAAAAAGUACCUUCUUGUUUGUACCCGGUACUAAAGUGACUUACGAAUGUAUACAAGAUUUCGUAUUAGUCGGAGAUCCUAGAAGAGAAUGUCGAGCUGAUGGUACUUGGAACAUUCCAGAAUAUGGUUACACCUACUGCUUACGUGAAGAAGAGUAUUCCUCACGUCAAGCAGCCAUCACUUCAGGCAUAGUCCUCGCAAUACUCAUACCAUUAGUCCUUUUAAUAGUCUACGGAGCUUACAGAGUCUACCAAAGAUUAACGAACAAAGACGCAAAUUCCUGGCAAUAUCAAAACGUACAAAAACCUCAAACUCUCCAACAAUUCAAUAGAGGUUUGGAUCCUUAUCGAGAAGACGAUGACGACGACGAAAAGUAUCCUCAAAGCCCCGUAUCUAGCCCUAGCGAUUCAGAUACGCUAAGUAAAAAAAGGAGAAGCUACGAUAAGUCGUAUAGAACGCACGAACCUUUAACCAACAGACCUAAUUCGGAAUUUGAAGAAAAACCUUUAGAUCCGAACGAUCCCACUUACGAAGACGUUGAUAGAAGUUCUAGAACUGCUACGGGAAGUCCAACUAGUCCUACGUCUAGUAUACAAUAUACAACGCCGUUUAACAGACCUGAUGUUGUGAAAGGAAACAGCAAUAAGAAUUUGACUUAUUCGGAUCUUGAUUACGCCCAACCGAUCAAAGUACCAAAAGACAGAUUCAGUGCUAGUCAGAGCAGUAUUGUUACAGAUGUAUAAAAUAAGAAGAGGUGUUCAGUGUGUGGAGAGUCAAGAAUUCAUAUCAAUUUAAAUAAAGUUACUUCUGACGAAUAGAAAUUGGGAAAAACUGAUACUUUGUUAUGUAGUGGGGAAUAAAUCGAAAAGUUUAUUGAGUAAAUAAAAGAAAUCGUGUUUUUUCAAAUUAUAAGGUUACUACUAAUAAUGUAAGUGCUCUACUUUGAGAUCUUUGACCUCUAUACAUCGACAUUUAAUAUCUAAACGUUAUAUACAUUAAAAAAUAUAUUUUAUACAGUUUUUGUGAAAAAUUAUGACAAAUAAAAUCACAGAAAAAAUGUUUGGAGCUACAAGGACGUAACAGUGCAUUUGGAUAUAAAAUUCCGUCUUUAAAUAUAUUUGUAUAUUUUAUUGAAUAGUGUAUUGAACAGUUAAUAAAAAAGAUGAGAGAUAUUGGAGACUUACUUGAUUGAAAAAAAAAAUGGAGAAGGAUUUCACAUGCCAGGGAUGCUCUGAGCUACGUGGAAAAUGGUAUGAAAAUUGCGAGGAAGUAUCCCUGGAGUGUGGCGGAUUUCUAUCAUUUUUUAACUUAUUCCUAUAUAUUUCCUUUUCCAGUAAAUAUCCUCCGUUCUAGCUCUAAGAAAGGUGCGACGGCUAUUAAAAAGAAUCAAAUAGACUACCUAAAAUCACUAAUAGGAUAUUUCAGAAUUUUAACUCAAAAAUUUCAGUUUGGUUUAUUUUUAAAAUAACUUUUUAAGACACGUUUUAAGUUUUUAACGUAUUACCGCGUAUAAAGCAUAGUUUUCAGAGGUUAUCUUGUGAAUAAUGGACAUCAGCUGAUUUUGACAUUAACUUGACAGUGUUGACAUAGCCCGUAAUGGGUGUGUUCUACAAAGCAUUCACGACAAUCACAACCACGAUCUUUCCCGUUUCAUUUAAUCCAUAAUUGGAAAAACAAAAAAAAGAGUUAUUGAAUUUUUUAGUGGAAUGCUCAACUGAUUUGCAUUAAACUAAAAUCAAAAUAUCUUCUGCGGCGAUAGUACAAUAUCAAAUAAUGAGAUAGAUUCUCAUGGUCGUCGUAAACGUUAGUCAUGACGUUCUCGCCGCGACCACAACGAUCGUAGUCGCCAAAAACAGUAUUUCAGAACGCUUAGUGGAAUGCAUCAAUAAUGGUAAAAAAAACAGUAAUUUUUAAUUAAAAUUCAAUUCAAAUCUUGAUAAAGAAAAUGUUGAAAAAAGAAUCAAUAAAACAACUAUCUUUGUGCAAUGUCUACAGAGACAUUACUUAUGGUGUUGUUUAAAUAAGACAAACAUCACAACAUAUU